ACCCCGCACACCCCGGCAGCUGCUCCAGCACCCCCGCAACUCCGCUCCGCUGCCGCCGGCAUCCCUGGAGCUCGGGGCUCCGCUGCCCUGGGAACUCGCCUCCACAGCAUCCCGGCUGCCCGGGAACUCCGCUCCGCUGACCCCGGUUCCUCCGUCUCUCGGUACUCCGGCAUCCCGGGAACUCCGUACUCCGCCGCCCCGGGAACUCCGCUGCGCUGACCGCUGGUCCCGGCUCCUCGGGAAUUCGAUCCGCGCUGCCCCCCGGCCCCCGGGCCCCCCGAAGGCGCGGCCAUGGCGUUCAUGGUGAAGAGCAUGGUGGGCGGGCAGCUGAAGAACCUCACGGGCGGCCUGGGCGGCGAGGAGAAGAGCGAGGGCGAGAAGUCUCCGGCCGAGGCGCAGGGCAUGACCCGCGAGGAGUAUGAGGAAUAUCAGCGGCAGCUGGUGGAGGAGAAGAUGGAGAGAGAUGCUCAGUUUGCCCAGCGCAAGGCGGAGAGAGCCACGGUCAGGUCCCACUUCCGAGACAAGUACAGGCUCCCCAAGAACGAAACGGAUGACAACCAGAUCCAGCUGGUGGGAGGCGACGUGGAGCUGCCCAAGGAGCUGGCCAAGAUGAUCGAGCAGGACAACGAGGAGGAGGAGGAGAAGAACUCGGUGAUCGGCCAGCUCAGCAACAUCCAGAACCUGGACCUUGAUUCCUUGAAGGACAAAGCUUCGGCCACGCUAGAGGACCUGAAGCAAUCGGCGGAGAAGUGCUCCGUGAUGUGACGGGGCUGAGCCCCCCUCGCCGCCGGCGCGACGGCGGGGGAGCGGGGAGGGGACGCAGCGCAGGCUCCGGCGGGGACCGCUGCCUGCGGCGGGGACCCCAGCGACGCCGUCACCCUUUGCCGUGUGUCACUCGGGCCCUCCUGAGCCGUGUGACCCCUCGAGUCCCUGGUGUCCCAGAUGUCCCUGAUGUGUGGUUUCCGUUCCGUUCUCCGGGCUGAGCUUAGAGCCGAGAGCCAGCAUGUGCCCCCCGUACCCCACCGCCUCCUCCCGCGCCCCAAACCAGAGCCGGGCAGGCGGCAGGGAAAGAAGCAGAAUGACCUCGGAGUGUCAUUGACCCACGCCAGCGUGGCAAGGACGCUGCGCGGUGGCUCUGCCCCCACACUUCCACUCGGCCUCCCAGAAACCACCCGGAGGCUCCGAUUUGCCUCGCAAGGACGAGGCAGGGUGUGGAACGCCCCCCUCCCCGCGUCCCGUAGCCAUCACCCGAGCAGUGACAUCCCAUCCCCGCAAGGAACGCCACCCCCGUGCCCUUGAGGGUCCCCGGGAAGGAGCCAGCCGGGAAGGACCCGCUACAUGAUCCCGUUCAUCCCUGCGGGGAGGGGUGCUGAGAACCGCAGGGCUGAAUCCUCAAUUGACACCAGAGAGGAAUAAAAGCCCUCCCUGGUGCCCGCACCAGCCCUUCCCCUCUCCUGGGGUGGGACGCGCUCGUGUCCUUGUUCCCUGCAGGAGAAGAACAGAGUGAUAUGGGAACAUCUCCCCGCCCUCCUGCUCUGUCGUGCCGUAGUUCGUGCGCUGUGCUCGGUCGAGUGUCCCUCACCUCCUGUGCUGUCCCCGUGCCAUGGUACUGUUAUAACCGGUGGAAUAAAUACCAGGAGA